AUGAAUCCAGCGCUACUGCGUCACUUCUUCCGCUUUUACGACGGCCGCUUCGACGAUCCUCUCUUCAUUGCCACGGCGUUCAACCAGCUUGAACGACACGCCUGCGUGCGCCAGACGGCGCGCAUUGGUGCAACUUCCAUGAAGCAGCUGGAGGAACUCGGCAAGCUUGCGAACUCGCCCAAAUUUCGACAACAACUCAUUUGGGACAAUCCGCACAGCUCACAGGCAAAGAAGAUCAACGCACGGGUGUCGCGCAUUUUGAGCAUGGUGGGCUCCGCUGUGCCUUUCAGUCUCUUCGAGCGGUCCGCAACUCGGUCAAAGAUUGCGGCUCUACGGCUGCGAUUCGGCCUUGCGAGCUACUUUCUCACGGGGGCACCGCCCGAGUUCGAGGCUUUGGAUGUGAUUCGCCACGCGCUCAUCCAGAAUUGGAACGCUGCUGCAUGCCCAUUGUCAUCAUCUGGCUUCGAGCGGUUCCGAGCACCCCGUACGACGAUGGACGUGACCGUCGACGACGUGAAGGCCAAAGUCGCCGACAACAUGGCAUAAUCCAUAUGAUUUCAUCGUUCCUACCAGCCCACUCCCCCGGACCCUAAUUUUUUCGGCGAUGUUUGGCGAUCCGAUCGAUCUGGAACUGGUCGAGUGUGAUUAUAUGUGGCAAACUGUGGCUACAUAUGGCAUAUACCACAUUUAAUAAUUUGACAUGCUAGUAGUCGUGCAGUACUGUUCACACGGCAA